ACGAGAAGGGAAGCUCACCGCUCGCACUGCUUCGCGCGAGUGGGCCAAAGCGAGCCCAUCACAAAUCCGUGCUAUCGUCCCGAAAGGCGAGAUCGUCUUCCAUUUCCGGAAGCGCUUAUGUGAUGGAUGGAUGUGGUGCGGGAUCCAAAAAAUGCUGGCGUGCAUAUCUCGCUCACUGUGCUCAUCUGAAUUAUGUUUCGGGGACCCCGUCAGCAAAGUAGCGUUUGAUCGUCGCAGUUCCACUGCUGCAUUGCUGGAUUCACAUACAAGGCACACGAACUUAGGUGUGGGCUUUUUCUCUCGCACGCAGGAUGUCUUCGUGAAAUCCGACAAAAAACAUCUCACGCGCUGUGAAUCACCUGGUAUUCAUCUCAGCGGACAACAUCUGCUGCUUCUAGUGGCCACGCAGCCGAGAGAGCGAGAGGCGUGCUGGAUUGGAAUGGCAGCGUCGAUCUCGACAAGCUUCACUUUGAGAGGCGGUGCUCGUCACACGACUCCGCCGCAGAUUCGUCCGCAGCAAAAAACGAACAAGGUGUGGGGCCUUUCGCUUUGAUAUCUUUGGCUGUGAUCCAACCCCUCGUCAAAGUUUGCUUGCUAAAAAAACUUGAGUGCUCGGCCUCUUUUUCCUCUUCGAGCGCGGCGCGCAGCGGUCAUAAACGUGGCCAGAGCUUCAGCCAGUAAAAAUCGUGAGCUCACUCAUCCUUUUAUUUGAUUGUCAUUCUCAUGACGUGCGGAUUAUAGAAAUCACGAGACCAUCAGCUUUGCCUCAGUGGACGGCGCACGGACGAAUUUGAAGCAUCCGCAAAAGAACUUUGACUGGGCUAUACGACAAGCUACAGGGUACCCGAGUAUAACACACAUUCGAUUUCUUUUCCAUGGCAUCUUGGACUUUUCAAGCUCGUGUGCUCAGAUUCUAUGGGUGGAAAAGAAGCUUCAUUGCUUUGGAGCUCAGAUUCUUCUCUCAGCAGUGUAAUCACAGCACGCGAGAAUAAAAGUGGAGGAUAGAAACAUUCGCUCAGAGACUCUUUUAGCGAUUUUUUUUUUUCCAUCAGGGGGGUCAGAGAUGGAACAAUGAAAAGCUAGAGGUCAUCAGCGCAAAAGAGGAAGAAUACCAAGAGACCCAAGAAGGAAAACAAAAAAAAGUGCUCAGGAUUUUUGGGAUGAAUCAACUUCACCGAUCUUCUCAGAGUGAGCUGGAAAAUCCAAUCAUCAUCGCACGAAUGCAGUAUCCUCAGUCACAGAAAAUUCCAUCACAGAUAUCAGAAUUAGCAUGGAUAUGAAAGAAAAAUUUCUGUCAUCACUGGAAAACUCCCAAAACGAACCGAGACGGGUGCUCAUAGUGAAACUGCGAUCUUCGAUUCUGUCUACAGGCCGCAUAUCGGCGAAUCAGAACGAGGAAUUGGGUAGAAUCAUCGCACAAAACGCACAAAGCGCAAGAACCCUAACUAUG